UUAUUGUUGAAAGAUAUGAGUAAAUAUCUGGAUUUCUUUAACUUAAUGUCAUAUGAUAUGGCAGGUUCUUGGUCUUCUGUGGCUAGCCAUCAAGCAAAUUUAUAUGGUGACGACCUAUCGGUUGACAAAGCUGUUGCUGGUUAUACAUCACGGGGAGUUCCAGCUCAAAAAAUUGUAAUUGGUAUUCCAAUGUAUGGUCGUUCAUUUGUUAACACAAAAGGUAUCGGCCACCCGUUUGAUGGGACUGGAGAAGGAACAUGGGAAAAGGGUGUUCUUGACUACAAAAAAUUACCACCUCAAAAUGCCCAAGAAUUUUUUGAUGAUAAAAUAGUGGCAAGUUAUAGUUAUGACCCAACUAGAAAAGAAUUGAUAACCUAUGAUACACCUGAUAUUGUUAAGCUCAAAACUAAAUAUGUUAUAGAUAACAAUCUACGUGGAGUCAUGAAUUGGGAAAUUUCUGCAGAUUUUCCCACUUCGCAUUCUC